GCUAUUUUAUUAAAGCUCGACUUGCCCACUCCAACUCGCAUCCAUCCACCCUUUAUUGAACAGAAAGUUCAACGCUAAUUAUUUUCCUGUACAAUCAAUCUUUAAAGCAACGAACAGCAAUUUAAAACGAAACGAUUCAAUGUCUGGCAUGAAUCAACUCAAUCCGACGCAUAUCCGUCAAAGCGAAGACGCUGACCUGAAGGGUCACCGGCUCAUUGUGGUCUCCAAUCGACUUCCUAUUACUAUUAAACGGUCCCAAGGAGGAAAAUACAACUUCAGUAUGUCCUCUGGAGGCCUUGUCAGCGCCCUCAGCGGUCUCAAAAAGUUAAUGACCUUCCAGUGGAUUGGAUGGUGUGGUCAGGAAAUUCCGGAAAACGAACAGGAGCACAUUACGAAACGCCUACUGGAUGAAUGCAGUGCGAUUCCGGUGUUUUUAGAUGAUGAGCUUGCUGAUCGCCAUUACAAUGGAUUCAGUAACAGCAUCCUCUGGCCCUUGUUCCACUACCACCCCGGUGAGAUCAGUUUCGAUGAGGACAAUUGGGAAGCCUACCGUGAAGCGAACCAUAAAUUUGCUGAGGCAAUUGUAAAAAACCUGCGCGAUGGCGACUUGAUCUGGGUGCAGGACUAUCAUUUGAUGCUUCUGCCGCAGAUGCUACGAAGCAUGAUCGGCGACCGACUGAAAGACAUCAAGAUCGGUUUCUUCUUGCACACGCCCUUCCCCAGUAGUGAAAUCUACCGUAUUCUCCCUGUCAGAAACGAGAUUCUGUUGGGCGUCUUAAGCUGUGAUCUUGUGGGUUUCCAUACCUAUGACUACGCUCGUCACUUUUUGUCCGCCUGUUCCCGUAUUCUCGGUCUAAAUACGCUACCCAAUGGUGUAGAGUACGAUGGACGCAUGGUCAGUGUGGGAACAUUCCCCAUUGGUAUUGACCCAGAGAAGUUUGCCGACGCUUUGCGCUCAGAGAAGGUGAAGGAGCGCAUCACCGCUCUUGAGCGAAAGCUGCAAGGAAUGAAAAUUAUUGUUGGUGUAGAUCGUUUGGACUACAUCAAGGGUAUUCCUCAAAAGUUCCAUGCACUCGAGGUCUUCCUUACCCAGUAUCCUGAGUGGGUGGGUAAGGUUGUGCUUAUCCAAGUUGCAGUUCCUUCACGUCAAGACGUUGAAGAGUAUCAAAACCUUCGAGCAGUUGUGAACGAGCUCGUGGGCCGUAUCAACGGUAAGUUCGGCACGGCCGAGUUUACUCCUAUCCACUUUUUGCACAAGAGCGUUACCUUUGACGAGCUUGUGGCUUUGUAUGCUAUUUCGGAUGCUUGUUUAAUUACUUCUACGCGUGAUGGUAUGAACUUGGUGUCUUAUGAGUACAUUUGUACUCAGCAAAAGCGCAAUGGCGCCCUCAUCCUUAGCGAGUUUGCCGGUGCUGCACAAUCGUUGAACGGAAGUAUCAUUGUCAAUCCUUGGAACACCGAGGAACUCGCGGAUGCCAUUCACGACGCCCUUAUAAUGCCACCCGAGCAAAGACGGGCCAACCACCAAAAGCUGUAUCGUUAUGUCAACAAGUACACUAGCCAAUUCUGGGGCAAGAGUUUUGUUGAUGAACUCCAGCGCAUACAAUCGGUGAACUAUGGUUCUGCUGGUAACGAUAUUAUUACGUCCAAGUCUCACCAGAUCAAGGUUGCUAAUGAACAAAACAUUUGAUCCUUUUUUUUUUGGAAGUUUUUUCUUGUUUCAAUUUUUUCAGCUGCUUUUCGAAUAACUACCAAUGUGGCUGUCUAUAACGAAGUACUGUAUUUAAUGAAGAAUAUGUCAAUUAUAAAUUAUUUAGGACGAAGCGAA